AUGGAAACACCAACAAAUAAAAUAAUGCAUAAAGGAGAACAACAACAACAAUCCGAUAGUCGUACGGCCAUUGAACAUGUCGAAAUAUCAGAUUCUACACUUCGUGAAGGUGAACAAUAUGGCGGCGCUUAUUUUACAUUUGAUCAAAAGUUGCAAAUAUGUUUAUCACUUACACGUUUCGGCGUCGAAUAUAUCGAAAUGACCUUACCUAUGUCAAAUUCAAAUGCUGAAGACGAAUUACAUCGACUUGUCUCUGCUCUUCGUUCUGCAAAAAGCAAAAGUAUGGUUUUAGCUCGAUGUCAUCCUACUGAUGUUGAGUUGGCAUUGAAGAGCGGCACGUAUGGUAUUAAUUUAUUUAUGGGUACUAGUUCGUAUAUGCAAAAAGCCAGUCACGGAAAAUCUCUCGAACAAGUAACACAAUUGGCUGCUGAUAAUGUGAAAUUUCUCAAGAGUAACGGUUGUCAAUUUGUUUCCUUCUGUGCCGAAGACGCAUUUCGUACAGAUAUCGAUGAACUCCUUUACCUCUCUGACGCUCUGAACGAUGCCGGUGUUGACCGAAUGAUUUUUGCUGAUACAGUAGGCGGCGCUACUCCAUUUGAAGUUUACAAAUGUAUCCAUGAAUUUUCAAGACGCUCCUUCAACUUCCAAAUCGAAUUUCAUGGUCACAACGAUACAGGCUGCGCUGUUGCCAAUGCCUAUGCUGCAUUAGAAGGAGGAGCACACUGUAUCGACACGUGUGUGCUUGGCAUCGGUGAGCGUAAUGGAAUUUGCUCGUUGAGUGGACUCAUUGCUCGACUUCAAACGCUGAAGCCUACACUAUUAACAAAGUAUGAUUUGAAAGAACUCCCCAAGCUCGAUGCCCUUGUAGCUAAUAUUCUUGGUAUUCCGAUUCCUCAUGAUAUGCCUAUUACAGCCCCACAUGCAUUCACACAUAAAGCAGGCGUGCAUGUGAAGGCGAUGUUAGCUGACCCUCACACAUACGAAAUCAUACAACCGGGAGAUUUUGGCAUAGAAAGAACAUUGGUUGUUGCAAGUAAAAUCACAGGUAAGCAUGCAGUGGCUCAUCGAGCAAUGCAACUCAGCAUUAACACACUUACGGAUGAUCAAAUUCUUUUAAUUGCUGAACAAGUACGCAUAGCAGCUAGUAUUCAACCAAUUUCACUUCAGACUGUUGAUCAAAUAAUCAAGUCUUUUUUGUCGAAAUAG